AUGGCCACAGCAUCUGCAGCAGAGGAAACGAGCUAUGGUUUGUCUGAGCCGGAGACUCUCAUCAGCUUCCUGGAGGAUGCCGGCAUCCGCUUGGUGCGCCUCGAGUAUUUGAUCGAGCUCCGUGAGUCCGGGAGGCCGUUGCCGCGCCGGCAAGAGGCGGAACAGGAGAGGACGAGCUUGGGACUGCCGGCACUCGUGGAAACCAGUGAGCUGCAAGAAGUCGAUAUUGAUCCUAAUACCGCCCACAUGUCCGUGAUGAUCCGGCAUCCUGAGCCGAGACGGGUCAAAGUCCACCUUGUCUCGAUCAGCCACAUGUGGGAGAGCAUGGAGCAUCCGGAUCCCUGGAGGUUCCAGCUGGAUGCCAUCGUGGAGGAGUUCCGUCCCCGACUCCUGGAUUCUGUCGUUUGGAUCUUCUACGACUUCGUUUCCUUGCAUCAAUACACCAGAAGCGAGGAUCAGGAGCGGCUCUUCCGUCGGGCGCUCCGCGACAUUUUUGUCUUGUACUCGCACGACGCCGUGGAAGUCCAUCGGAUCGAGAUGCUGACUCCGGAGAUCGUGCGAGAAAGGUGCAUGGUAGCCCACGGAUCCAAGAUCCUCGUUUACUGGAAGGAAGAUCAGAAGAUGAUGGACGUGCUUAUUUCUAAGCUCAAGUGGAACGAGACGCCCUACGAGCAACGGGGCUGGUGCCGCUCCGAGAAGGAGUGGUCGGCCUUGCGGGAGGACUCGGAGAAGGUCUUCAAGCUCCAGGCGAAGGUCUUUUGCCAGAAGGCCGCGUCUACGACCAAGCUCCUCAUUGAAAAUCUGGAUGCUGAGAAGAUCGAAGUUCUGGCUGCAGCUUUGCCUUUCUAUGCAGAGCUGAAGGAGCUCGUUGCCGUGGGAAUGCCGGAGUACGCUUGGAAAGCGGUUCCGGCAGUGGUCGAGUCCGGUGCUAGCAACGUCAAGAUCGCAUGCCAGAAUUUGCGGGACGAGGAUGCGAUCGCUUUGGCGGCCGAUUUGUCUACGGAGAAGUGCAGUCACUUGGAACAGCUGCACCUCAAGUGCGAGACCAUCGGUGAGCUGGGUCGGAAUGCCCUACAGCAGGCGCUAGAGCACUGCACGGCGAAUCUGGUGAUCAGUACUCCAAACAGCAGCCAGGGCUAUGUCGAGCAGCGGACCGAGCCAGCGAUGGCUUCGGAGGCUUGCGUGAUGCUGCGCAUCUUGGUCGCCAGGCGUAGACGAGCACCGCGGCCGGUAGAAGCCAUUGCGGCCUGUCCCGCAGCCUUGACUGGACAGAUGGAGCCGAUGCCGCGGCCGCGGCCGCUGGAAUCCCAUGCUGCCGGAGGUGCCAUCAAGCAGAUCGUCAGGGUCCAUUGCCUGGCAGGCUCCAGCUUUGAGCUGGAGGUCAACUCUGGCGACAUGGGCUGGGAUCUAGCGGAACGCAUCGCAGCCGGAGUUGGCCGCCCUGCGGAGGCGCUCGUGCUGACAUCCGGUGGUUCUCUCCUUGAUUUGCGCCAGCCACUGCUGCAACAGCUCCAGCACGAAGAGAUCACGUACGUGGUGCAGAAGCUUGGCGCCGGUCGUGCAGCGAGGAGUUGGCAGAACUUUCUCGAGGAAACGGGUUUGUCUGACGCAGAUGUAGCUGCCCUGGACGAGACAAUCUCACUGACCUGGAAGUCCAGCCGAAAGCUCAACCCUAGCAUGAAGCUACCCCAGAGCUUGCAGCGUUUGACGUUUGGCAGAGACUUCAACCAGAGCUUGGAGGGCAUCCAACUACCCAGCAGCCUGCAGAGUUUGACGUUUGGGGACAACUUCAACCACAGCUUGGAGGGCAUCCAACUACCCAGAAGCCUGCAGAGUUUGACGUUUGGAGACAACUUCAACCAGAGCAUGGAGGGCAUCCAACUACCCAGCAGCCUGCAGAGUUUGACGUUUGGCGGGAAGUUCAACCAGAGCUUGGAGGGCAUCGAACUACCCAGCAGCCUGCAGAGUUUGACUUUUGGCACCCGGUUCAACCAGAGCUUGGAGGGCAUCCAACUACCCAACAGCCUGCAGAGCUUGACGUUUGGCUCCGAUUUCAACCAGAGCUUGGAAGGCAUCCAACUACCCAGCAGCCUGCAGAGCUUGACGUUUGGCUACUGGUUCAACCGGAGCUUGCAGGGCAUCCGACUACCCAGCAGCCUGCAGAGUUUGACGUUUGGCUACUGGUUCAACCGGAGCUUGGAGGGCAUCCAACUACCCAGCAGCCUGCAGAGUUUGACGUUUGGCGACAAGUUCAACGAGAGCUUGCGGGGCACCCAACUACCCAGCAGCCUGCAGAGUUUGACUUUUGGCACCCGGUUCAACCAGAGCCUGGAAGGCAUCCAACUACCCAGCAGCCUACAGAGUUUGACGUUUGGCUACUGGUUCAACCAGAGCUUGCGGGGCAUCCGACUACCCAGCAGCCUGCAGAGUUUGACAUUUGGCGAGGACUUCAACCAGACAAUGCAGGGCAUCCGACCACCCAGCCUCAAGCAGAGUUUCGCAUCUGGCUACGAGUUCAACCAGAGCUUGGACGGUAUCCAACUACCCAGCAGCCUGCAGAGUUUGAGGUGUUGCAGGAACUUCAACGAGGGCUUGGAGGGCAUCCAGCUACCCAGCAGCCUGCAGAGCUUGAUGUUUGGCAGAAACUUCAACCAAAGCUUGGAGGGCCUCCAGCUACCCAACAGCCUACAGAGUUUGAGUCUUGACAGCAACUGCUUGCAAGGCAUCCAUCUACCCAGCAGCCUGCAGAGUUUGACCUUUGGCAACGAUUCUAACCAGAGCUUGGAAGGCAUUCUACUACCCAGCAGCCUGCAGAGUUUGACGUUUGGCUACUGGUUCAACCGGAGCUUGGAGGGCAUUCUACUACCCAGCAGCCUGCAGAGUUUGACGUUUGGAGACAACUUCGACAAGAGCCUGGAGGGCAUCCAACUGCCCAGCAGCCUGCAGAGUUUGACGUUUGGCGACAAGUUCAACCAGAGCUUGGGAGGGGUCCAACUGCCCAGCAGCUUGCAGAGUUUGACGUUUGGGGACAACUUCAACCACAGCUUGGAGGGCAUCCAACUACCCAGAAGCCUGCAGAGUUUGACGUUUGGAGACAACUUCAACCAGAGCAUGGAGGGCAUCCAACUACCCAGCAGCCUGAAGAGUUUGACGUUUGGCGGGAAGUUCAACCAGAGCUUGGAGGGCAUCGAACUACCCAGCAGUCUGCAGAGCUUGACGUUUGGUUCCAAGUUCAACCAGAGUUUGGAGGGCAUCCAACUACCCAGCAGCCUGCAGAGUUUGACGUUUGGCUACUGGUUCAACCAGGGCUUGGAAGGCAUCCGACUACCCAGCAGCCUGCAGAGUUUGACGUUUGGAGACAACUUCACCCAGAGCUUGGAGGGCAUACACUUUCCCAGCAGCCUGCAGAGUUUCACUUCAUGCUUUUUUGGUAUAGGCUGCUCGCUGCAGCAAGCUUGGUGA